AGAGAAAAAAAAAAUGUGAAGAAAAAGAAAAACUCAAACGGAUCUGAAUUGCAAACGUAGGAGGGGGUUUUGUUUCGGAGUGAACUGAGCCUAUUAUCAACACAAACAACAUUUUCAGUGAAUCAACACGAGAAAAAUAUUAUUGUCUACGUGAUUUCGAUUAUUUGAUCAUGCUCUUCGCUUCAAUUCCCCUUUCUAAAUCCUCUUGAUUUUCUUUUUCCGAAUAACGUCAGAUUCAAUUGAAUUAUACCCCUCAAUGCAAUGGUGGUCUGCAAAUGUCGCAAGGCUACUAAGUUAUACUGCUUCGUGCACAAAGUUCCUGUCUGCGGGGAAUGUAUCUGCUUCCCGGAGCACCAAAUCUGCGUGGUCCGAACUUAUUCGGAAUGGGUUAUAGAUGGGGAGUAUGAUUGGCCUCCUAAAUGCUGCCAAUGUCAGGCUGUUUUAGAAGAGGGGGAUGCAUCUCAAACUACUCGACUGGGCUGCUUGCAUGUUAUCCACACAAACUGCUUCGUCUCGCAUAUCAAGAGUUUUCCUCCCCAUACUGCCCCAGCAGGAUAUGCGUGUCCUUCAUGUUCUACUUCUAUAUGGCCUCCCAAAAGUGUGAAAGAUUCGGGGUCACGUCUACAUUCCAAGUUGAAGGAAGCUAUCAUGCAGUCUGGUAUGGAAAAGAAUGUUUUUGGAAAUCAUCCAGUCUCAAUGACAGAAUCGCGAAGUCCUCCGCCUGCUUUUUCUUCAGAUCCAUUGGUUAGUAGGGAAAAUCAUGGAAACUCAGGCCACGUUGAUGGAUUCUCACCAGCAACUGGGUCAGAACUACCGAAACUUACAGUGGCUGAUAUUAUGGAGAUAGAUGGUGCUAACUCAGUAGGAAAUUUCAUGAAAGCCUCAAGUCCUGGUGCUCCUGGUGCCACCACAAGGAAGGGCUCAGUCCAUGUUGAACGACAGAAUUCUGAAAUUUCUUACUAUGCUGACGAUGAAGACGGGAAUAGGAAAAAGUACUCAAAACGAGGUCCAUUCCACCAUAAGUUUCUUAGAGCUUUGCUUCCUUUCUGGUCUACUUCCUUACCUACUCUACCAGUGACUGCGCCUCCAAGGAAAGAUGUAACAAAUGCAGCUGAAACCUCAGAAGGCCGUACACGGCAUCAAAGAUCAUCAAGGAUGGACCCAAGAAAAAUUCUUCUUCUGAUUGCAAUCAUGGCUUGCAUGGCGACUAUGGGUAUAUUGUAUUACAGACUGGUGCAACGGGGUCCAGGGGAUGAGCUUCCUAACGAGGAAUAAAUUUGCAAUGGAGCUCUUAAAAUCCGGAGACGCUCGGUGGCUCCCAUUUUGGAUAUUGCUGGUUUCUUGUUGCUUCUUAUCUGUUUGGCUUCUUUAUUUGGACCAGUCGCUGUUUUGGCCAACAUACAAGUAGUUUGUUGAUGAUUUUUCAUCUGAAUGCCGAUGACAGUGACUUGUUGCAUAAAUUCUUAGUCAGCCAUCUUUGCUCUUUGCCCUCAGUUUUGGUACCCUCUUGGAAUGUAAUUGCAGAUUUAAAUAUUGCAAUCUUAAUUGGAUUAAGUUGUAUCCAUCAUUUCAAAUGGACAUUGUUAGUCAGUCAACAUUUUAAUCUGUAGUUUUAUACAAAAGCUCAUACAAUGUUGUUAUGCAUUAUAUAUUUACAUAGACAUGUGAUAUGAAAAUAUGACCAUCUGCAUCUGCACUGAUGAUACCGCAUGUUAGUGACCUUUAUCUUUUGAUUUGGCUGAGUGUAGGACGUUGAGCAGUAUUUCUGUUCCAUCAGAAAAUUGUGAAGGAAUGCUCUAGAACUGCGCAGCUGAAACCAUAUUUAGAUUGGACGAUUCGUUCGGGCCUACAAGUCAUAGGCAACCACGAAUACAACCAAGAAUGCCAUGAAGUUAGCAUUUGGGGGAGCACUCAUACAUGCUCUCGCUUAUAAUUUAGACUAGACCUUUACGCAUUUGGUUGAGAGGAGAGAAAUUAAGCAGCCAAAGUAUGUUUUUUAAAUUGUGGGGAAAUAAAAUUAAAUAAAUUUAAAAUUGUUUCUAGAA